AUGUCUCUUCCGAAUUCUUGGUCCGGGUUCUUUAACCCCAGGUGCCUUUUCAUUGUGGUCAAUUUCAUAGUUGUCUUCCUUAUUGGAGAAUCGAGGCUCAGCGGCAGGCAAUCAUCUCCCGCGAAUGAGAUGUACAACGAGUAUGUUGAGAGAACUCGAAGUCUCAGGGCGCCAAUCUCAAUGUUUCAAGAGAAGAAAGAAGAGAGGACCGUACUAGCGAUAUUGAGUCAGAAGGAGGACAAUGCGAAGAUACUUGAAGAGAAAGAAGUUGAUGAAACUAAAGAAGACAAGCAUGAAGAUGAUCAGGACGAAGACUUUAAAGAAUGUGAGGGAACUGAUGAAGAAGAAAAAGAAGAAGAAAAAGAGAAAAAAGAGGAAGAAAUAGAACAAGAAAAAGAGGAGGAGGAGGAGGAGGCAGCUGGAAUUCCUGCUGAAGAACUAAACAAAAGAGUUGAAGCCUUUAUUGCGAGGGUUAAUAAGCAAAGGUCGCUGGAAGCUAGAUUUUUGGUUUGUAGUAAAGCUUGA